UGCAGCUCUAGAUUGAGUCCGGGUCUGAGCUCGAAAACUCCUCCGGAAAUCUUCAUUCUGUCAGGCAUUGAACAUUUAUGUGGCCGUGUGGUGAAUUCCAUGGCGUCUAACGGCCACCAGCUCGAUGACACCGCGGACGAAGACGAGACGCCCUCGAAGCAGCCGAGGUCCGGCUGCUCCUUCAGCCAGGAGCCCCAGAAUGAAGCCGCCGCGCCCGCAGGAAGAGCGACCACAGAGCGGCGGACGUCUAACUCGACGACGAGGCACCGGAAAAACUCGAUGAAGAAGACGAGGCCGCCGUUUCCCUGGUUCGGGAUGGACAUUGGAGGGACUCUGGUGAAGCUGGUGUACUUUGAGCCCAAAGACAUCACAGCAGAGGAGGAGCAGGAGGAGGUGGAGAACCUGAAGAGCAUCCGCCGCUACCUGACCUCCAACACCGCCUACGGGAAGAGCGGCAUCCGGGACGUCCACCUGGAGCUGCAGGAGCUGACGCUGGACGGCAGGACGGGAAACCUGCACUUCAUCCGCUUCCCCACCCACGACCUCCCCGCCUUCCUGCAGAUGGGCAGAGACAAGCACUUCUCCAGCCUCCACACCACCCUGUGCGCCACAGGGGGGGGCGCCUACAAGUUUGAGUCGGAUUUCCGCAGGAUGGCCGACCUGGAGCUUCACAAGCUGGACGAGCUGGACUGCCUGGUGCGGGGGGUGCUGUACAUUGACUCGGUGGUGUCCUGGGGGGCGUCGGAGUGCUACUACUUUGAGAACCCCACAGACCCGGAGCAGUGCGUGCAGAAGCCCUACAAUCUGGAGAACCCCUAUCCUCUGCUGCUGGUCAACAUCGGCUCCGGGGUCAGCAUCCUCGCUGUGUACUCUGAGAACAACUACAAACGCGUCACUGGGACCAGCCUCGGCGGCGGGACCUUCCUCGGCCUUUGCUGCCUGCUGACAGGCUGCUCCACGUUUGAGGAGGCCCUGCAGAUGGCCUCUGAGGGGGAGAGCACCCGCGUGGACAAGCUGGUCCGGGACAUCUACGGAGGAGACUAUGAGAGGUUUGGACUGCCGGGCUGGGCUGUGGCGUCAAGUUUUGGCAAUAUGAUGUCCAAAGAAAAGAGGGAGUCGGUGUCUAAAGAGGACCUGGCCAGGGCCACCCUGGUCACCAUCACCAACAACAUUGGCUCCAUCACCAGAAUGUGCGCUCUGAACGAGAGCAUAGAGAGGGUGGUGUUUGUGGGGAACUUCCUCCGGGUCAACACCCUCUCCAUGAAGCUGUUGGCCUACGCCAUGGACUACUGGUCCAAAGGCCAGCUGAAGGCGCUCUUCCUGCGCCAUGAGGGUUACUUUGGUGCGGUGGGGGCCUUGCUUGAGUUGCUGCAUCGGACCUAGUCCGUCCCACCAUCGUCCAAAGAGAAGACUUGAUCUGCUGCACUUUAGACCCCCCCCCCCCCCCUGCGGGGGCCGUCCCCCUCCUUCCAGCGGUUCCUGUGGAGGACAUGGAGGUGGCCUGACGACGUUCCUCAGGGGAACCUUCCGUUCUGCAGCUUGGAGGGUUCUGGGCCUGGUCUUUCGGACCGGUCCUUGAUGUUUUACCAUAAACCACAAAGUUCUGUCCUGAUUCCAUGAAGACCUCCUGAGCCUGAUCUACCCAAUGCUGGGGGGCAUUCUGUUCUCAGGAUGUUCUUGGGUUCGGCUGGGGGAGGGACCCUAAAGGGCUGUAGUUCAGGUUUGGACUUCUGAAGAGCUGGAUGUUCACGUGAGCCCCCACCCUUUCAGGGGAGACUCACCUGUAGUGAUCUGUUCCUGAGGUCCUCGGUCUUUUCCAAAGGGGGGGUCUUCACAGUUUGCCUCAGUUGGUCCGGCAGCGUUCAGAGGGACCACCAGGAGGCACCACCCGUUCCAGAAGUGCCUCCCGCUUCAGACGUGGGGCUUUUCAGUGUUCUCAAAUGUUCUACUGUUGUUUGAGCUGUAAAGUUUGGCACCGUUAAAAAAUAAAGUUUGUAAAGUUCUGCUCUGA